AUGGCAGUAAUAUCAAUGACAGACGAUUUAGAAGACUUUGAGUCCUUACUGGAACCUGAUUUUGAUGCUAAACAGUUCGGCAAUGACUUACUGAAAAUUACCAACAAUAAUGACGCAACAAUUCUAGACCUAAACACACCUCUUAAAAAGCUGAAUUAUGACCUCCACGAAGUUGAUUCUAGAAUAGAUCAACUCAUAAACAAUAAACCCCUGGAGAUGAUAGAAUUAGUUUACAGAAAUGAACAUGUCAAUUCCACCAUAGUUGAUGAGUUAAAACCCAGCUUAGAAUAUUUGAACAUGUCAUAUGACAGAUUAAAGACUCAAGUUCUAGAUCCUUACGAGCGUGCUAGAAAAGUCCAGCUCGCUCUGAGUAAGGUUUAUCAAACAUCUUUCCUUUUACGUGGCGCAUUGGUUUACAUCCAUUUGUCGAACAAAUUAAACACGGCAUCCAAAAUAGCUCAAUUGAACAUAUCAACAGCUGUCAAUGUAGCCUCUUUACACUACCAAUUACAAAUAACUCUUGAGGAGAAUGAAAAUUUGAAAUCCUUACGGAAAAUUAAAGAACUAGAGCAGAAGAUCGUUACUCCCAACAAGAGAGAGUUGAUAACAUUCCUGUCGUUACAGAUGUCUAAAGAAUGUUUGAACUCUAUUAAGAUUAAAUCGAACAAAGAAAUAAUAUCCCAAUUAGCUUACUCUCUCUUCUUACUUUCACCUCAAGAGUUUGCGUCUUCAAUAAAUAAAAUUAUACUAUCCAACGUCACAGUAAGUUCGCAAAUUUUAUCCAAAACCAUAAACUCCAUCAGAAUGUUUCCCGAGGCGUUUAAAGAUGUUGUUGAGAAGGGCUAUAACAUCUACACCUUAGAAACAAUAUUGCGAAACAUCAAAACCGAUAAUGUCACCGCUGCCGCAAAAUCUUCUGUCGCAAAUAAAGCACACCUAAGCCAUCUUUUAUCGGAGUACACUUCAACAAGAAAUAUCAAAGCUGGACCUAGCACACCAAGAGACCUGUUCUGGAAUAAGGUUUCGUCCAAUUUUAAAAAGGAUUUUGAAAUAUCUGUUAAUAGAGGUGGUCCUGUAGGUAAGGCACUGUUAAAAAAUGAAGAUUUUAUCAUUGACACUAUAAAGCAGAAUAUGGAAAAAUCUUCUGAUAGUAGCGAUUAUCAAAAGUAUCUGGAUAUGAUGCUAGGCUCAGUUUCUAUCAUUUCAAAAUGA